GCUGUUGAUCCUUUUGGCGGCAAGAGCAGGAUAUAAGGUAUUCACAGGCGAGUGUUGUUUACUCAACUUUUUUUCAGCGCCGGUAUGUCGCUUGUGUUUUCAAUCUCUAGACCCAUUGCACAAUAUGUAAACAAAGCCGAAUGUAACUGAACGUAGUUGACCGAAGCAUGUUUCCUCAUAAUCAGCUGGAAGUGUUUGCUGUCUGUGGUUCGAUGUGUCAUGUGCGAAUUGCAACAGUAUUGAAAAUAAAACCGGAUACAAACCGAUAUACAGACCAGUGUACUGAAGGUCGGGUUGAUAGCAUUUCCCUGUGGAUCUUUAUAUCAGAUUACUUCCGACAUAGGGAAAAAAAUCAGCGGAAAAAGUUAGACCAACUUUCUGAUUUGUAAUGGGACUGUUCGGCAAUGCUGAGCCUACAUGUUAGAGACGAGUGUUUCCUAAUCACCACUGGUGAGGUCCACACUGUGUUCGGUGAGGUGUCAGAGGGUAUUGGCGUCUUGGAUAAGAUCAAUGACACCUUCGUUGAUAAGGUCUUCAUCCCUUUUCAGGAUAUCAGGCCAGCAGAUUUCAUUUCCUUGAACCAUAUUUAAAUGCAGCAAUGUUAGGGGUAAAUCAGAAUAGAAUUGAAUACACUUUCGAAUUUCCUCAUGAAUAGCUCCCAUACAGAGGUGUAGAUGCAAUGACCUACUCAGACAUCCCAGUAUAAAGUGAGGAGAAGAGAGGUGUGAUACUUGUUUUGUGUCAUUGCAGGAUAAACCACACUGUGAUCCUGGAAGACCCUUUCGAUGACCCUGCUGACCUGCCCGUGCCGAACCGUUCCCCCGAGCCUACCAAGGAACAGCUAUCCAAGUGGUCGUAUUGGAGCAGAGGAAGUGAUCAACGACACAGAUGGUAAGGAGGCUGAGGAGCUGGAUGAGCUGCUGAAGGAGGAGGCGGCCAAGACCCAGGCCAUCCUUCUGGAGAUGGAGCGGGACUGUGAAAAGGCCUUCUUCAAGAUGGACAACGUGCUCAUAGAUGACCGACUCAUACAUGUGGACUUCAGCCAGUCUGUCUCAAAGAUGAAAUGGAAAGGCAAAGUGGGACAGGGAGGAACCCCGGCGGGAGAAAAAGACAGACUGGCAGCAUUCUCACUCCAGGGAAAGAGACGACGGCGAUGACCACCAUAAGCACAGCAUGUCCCAUGAAAAGCACCGCCCGGAGGGCCUUGACAAGGGCCACAGGGAGAGUAGCCGUAGUCACUCACCCAAGAAGUCUAAAGACAAGGAGAGGAGCAGACACUGAUGAUGAGAGAGGAAUGGGAUUGAGGUCCGUUCCAUUUCAACUUCCAUCAAUUAUGGAUUUGGAAAUUCCUCUUUAAAAAUAAAUGUCCGUUCUUUUCAUGAAUUUACUAACUUUAAAUGGAAUUGGUCCUCCCAAAUACCUGCCUCUGUGGCCCCUACUACCCUACCACGACCACCCAUGUCUGGGAGAGCAGAACCAGGGACUCAUCAUGACUAAAACCUCGGCAGUUAGUAAGGUUGUGUAAGUAUAUUUGUUUUUUUAGUUUGACUUAUACCUACCCCACCUCUCUUUCUCUGUUCAUCAAAGGGGGGGGGGGGUGAAUUAUUUUUUUCCCCCCAUGUUUGUCUUUGACCUUUUACUGUAGUUUCUUACAGAUUUUAUAGAGUAAAUAAAUUAAGUGGGCAUGGAAAACAUGAGUUGUGUUUCUGAGUGAGUGCACUGCAAAGGGAAUUCCCUGUGUAACCCUCUCCAUGAGGUCGGCCAGUGUGAUAUCACUGAAAUAGCAUGAUAUCUCACCUUCCACCUCGCUGCGUGAAAACAAGUGGGAGGAAGCUAUGCUAGCUGAAAGUUAUGUGGGCUACAUCUCUAAAUGAGGGAUCCUCUUUUGGCGACAGUUUUAAAUGUUUUGGAUCUGUGUAUCUUGGCAGUACUGUCAGAAAGGGUAUCAGUUAGCCCAACCUGAAUCCUGUGUUGAAGUAUAUUGGGAUGUGAGGGGUAAACCAAAAGAGAGCUAUAUUUAAUUCGAUACAGUCCUGACCAAAAGUGUUCAGAAUAAUGUUUUCAGCCUUGGCAGUCAUAGAAGAAUAGCACAGUGAGGGUUAGUGUGUGCAGCUAGCGAACAGUCGUUGAGUUUUCCACAGGGCCUCUCCUUGUGCAAUGCUGUGGGCCACCACUUCUAGCCCCCUCUGAGUUCCCUGAAUUAAAGCACGAGAGACCCAAGUCAACAUUCACCAUAUUUGGUCUGUUGACAUUUGGAAUCAUUUCACAUUUGGUUGUUUCUCAGAAUGAGAUGCCAUUUUGAAGCUUCCCAAAAUGGGUUGUUUUUAACUUGUACUGAGUGUGGGGGUGGGGUGGUGGUGGAACCAGAUGGCUGUUGGAGGGAAGCCGGUGAGGUUUAGCGUGGUUCAAGUUGUAAAAAGACUGCAGAUAGACAGACAGCGAUAUGUUUUGUUUUCCACCCCCAUAUCUAACCACUGUCAGACUUCCCCAACAGCCCACAGUACCUGAGUGAGAGCAAAUUGCACUUAACAAAAGGAGUGAAUCUAAUGGCACUGUAGAAAGCUAAAUCAUGAGCAGACAGUUGUAGGAUCCCACGGUCAGAAGCUGAUUCCCAUCAUUGACCAGAAUUAGGAAGAACUUGGGACCUAGGGAAGUGUACAGUCAGUCAUGCAUUUUGUUCUAGAGACAGCCGGGUGUACAAAGUGAAAUGUCUCCCCACUGGGCACACACUGGUUGACUCAAUGUUGUUUCAACGUAAUUUGUCAACGUAUUGUGAUGUGGAAAAUAAAUUGAAAACAGUAGUUUGAUUGGAUUUCAAAAAAAGUAAUCUAAUUUCAACCAGCAUUGUAAACACUGAAAUUAGGGUAAAACUGAACUAACAGGUUGUUACAUCAAUGUAUUUAAGUCAGUCUAAUUCCAACGUAAUCAUCAGAACUAUGUAUACAUUGAAAUUGUGUUAAAUACCACAAAUAAACGCUAAUCAUUUUCAUACUA